CCUUGGUCAUCACCACACGCACCUGCCACAGCUGAAGAUGUACGCUGCGCUUUUGUCGCUAGGCGAGUGAACUUUUCAGCCUGAAAUCGUCGAAAAUCGACACGGAGUAACCAGACUAGACAGCGGACGGCCAAAUAAUCUGACGUCAAUUGAAGCAGCCAGCGCGAGGACGCGUCGAGAAAUAUUCGUCUGAGUCGGAAAUUAACAGGAAUUCACCGUGGCGAGCGAACGCAUCGUGGAGGGCAUGGCAGACAGUGCCAGCGAGAGUGACUCGAGUUCCAUCGACGGUGGCGGCCCGAUCAUGAUGCCUCCGUCGCCGGUCACUCGGGAACAGCUGCAUAAGAGGAUCGAGUCCUUGCAGCAGCAGAACAGGGUUCUCAAAGUCGAGUUGGAGACGUACAAGCUCAGGGUCAAAGCCCUUCAAGAGGAAAAUAAAAAUUUGCGGCAAGCGUCUGUCAUAAUUCAAGCUAAAGCGGAGCAGGAGGAGGAGUACAUUAGCAAUACCCUGCUGAAGAAGAUCCAGGCCCUGAAAAAAGAGAAGGAGACCCUGGCGCACCACUACGAGCAGGAGGAGGAGUGCCUCACCAACGACCUGUCUCGCAAGCUCAACCAGCUGCGCCAAGAGAAGUGCCGCUUGGAGCAAACUCUGGAACAGGAGCAGGAAUGUCUGGUCAACAAGCUAAUGCGGAAGAUUGAAAAGCUCGAGGCUGAAACGCUGGCGAAGCAAACCAACUUGGAGCAGUUGCGAAGGGAAAAGGUGGAGUUGGAGAACACCUUAGAGCAGGAGCAAGAGGCUCUGGUGAACAGGCUGUGGAAGCGAAUGGACAAGCUGGAGGCCGAGAAACGGACUUUGCAAAUCAAGCUUGACCAACCAGUGUCUGAUCCCACAUCUCCCAGGGACAUCAACAACGGCGACACUGCAGCCAACCUGAGCUCUCACAUCCAAACCCUGAGGUCUGAGGUGGUCAGAUUGAAAAAUUUGCUCUCUGUCCACCAACAAGACCAUGCUGAGAAGAUGCAUCGUUAUGCCACCGAAGAGAGGAACAUCCGUGAAGAAAACCUGCGUCUGCAGCGAAAGUUGCAGCUGGAGGUGGACCGGAGGGAAGCUCUGUGCCGCCAUCUCUCCGAGUCUGAGUCGAGUCUUGAGAUGGAGGAGGAACGCCAUUACAACGAGGCCAUCAUAGUAGGCGCAGUGGCUGGCAGCAAUGCCGGAGCUCCGCCUGGCGUGCGGCCCCGCAGGGUGUCCAGCCCUGUCCCUUAUCCUUCACCCAGCUCAUCUCGACCCCUCAGCCCAGGAAUUGGCGGACUUAGCAGCUCUGGCCGCUGCUUUGCUUGCGGGCAACCAUCUCCUUAUCCACCGACUGCAACUCUAUCUUCGUCCCCACCCCAUCACCCCAAUUCAGGAACACCAGGAAAUCAGCUCAAUCCGCGUGUUCAGAGGGAAAGGUUCGUGAAACCAGCUGUGCCUCCUGCGAGUCCUGGGUCUAUGGCUCCGACUCUGUCCGUCACUUCCCCGCACUCCCCGAUGGACGUCUCGAGGAGCUAAGCAGCAGACCAUUUACGCUUCCUUUACUUGGCCUUGCUAGUCUAAUUGUAAGCAGAAGUAAGAGUCGCUGCUUGAACGUUGCUUUAAUUUUGUCUCGGUGAUUCAGCAUAGCGCACAACUUGAUUUUUUGCCCCUCGGCCCACUGAGUUAACAACCGAACUAAUCGAAUAAUAUGUAAUAUUGACGGUCUGGCUUGAUUCGUGACAUGAUGGUCUGUCGUUGCGGCCGGACGUGUGAUAGGAUUUGUACGGAACGGAGGCGUUUGCUUGCGUGAAACUAACUCUCUUAAGGCCACUGUUUACUAGAUCUUGAUUCACUUUGAAUCGGUAUUUUGGUGUCAGGAAUAUAUCAUAAACUCAACAAUAAAAAAUAUUAAUUCACUAUGCGGUGCCUCCUGCGUGUAAAUAAGAAAGAGAAGUUGAUUUGUCUCUUUGAGAGAGGAGCGUCCAUUCCAUUUCGUUAUUAAUCAUUCUUGCUGUUAGAUCAGAUGUAAAAUUAGUGGUUGGUUCUGUCACUGUGAUUCGGCAAGAGCACUCGCGUUGUUGCAAUGGCCCGCAAGGAUGAAUGCUUGUAAGCUACGCAAGAGCGAACUCUUUGGUUAUUGAUGUAAGAAAAUUAAUCCAAUAAGGCACAUUAGGCUAAAUUCCCUCAAAUCAAUUUGAUUUCCACCGAUCAUGCAGGCAUGUAUUCGUCCUAAUCUCAAUUUGAAACUUGAAGGAAGCGUUGAUUGUAAUAAGUAAACGAAAUUCGUUUAUACAGGUUGCCACCAAAAAGGCUCAUGACACCACGCAUUGUAUAACAUGACCUUCUUGACGGACGUACGGUGAACAGUUUCUAAUUGUCUCGGUUUCAAAAAGUAUCCACCUUGCACUUUGCCAAGAGAAUUAUUUUGUUGCGGUCUCUUGGAUUUUCGCUUCCUCGUCCGCCUAAUGUAUUACCCACGUGUUGAGAUCAAAUCUGUAUUCAACUCCAAUGAGCAACUUGGCUUAGUGUAAAAUUACUUAAAUGGUGCUUUCCCUGCCUUCGUUUGCAGGACUCGUGUAUUUUAAAGUGUAGGUCCGUGUCUAAUCGGAAUAUAUGUAGGACGAGAAAGAUAUAUAUUUCAAAUGUGUGUGUGUACAUUAAACUGCAAUAAUGUCGGUACGCGCGUACAUUGAUUGAUUUGUGUUGUUGGUUGUACAUCCCCGGAACCCGUUUCUUUCUGAUUUGACACUAUGGCAAACGAUUUGUCGCAGUGGGGAGUAUUGUUUUAACACUAUGUGUAUAUUUUUGUUCGCUAGUGCUUUAUUUUGCAGGUUAUUUGGGUUUUGGGAACCACCGAUCGUAACAGGUUGUUUCUUUUUGUUCCGCCGCACUUAAACAGUUACGUGUGCUUUCCGCUGCACUAAUUUACGACAGGAUAGCGCACCCACACACACUCUCGCUCCCGGGAUUUAGAAACCUUAAUUAUUAGGAAACGCACGCUAAUAUGUAUAAUCUCACUUUGGCUCUAGGAUCCAAGACAAUUCCUCUUGUUUUUCUUUAAUUUUGUCCUUUUUUACAUCAUUAAAGUAUUGUAGUUACGUAAUUUUGUUGUUUGUUAAAUCGUAGUAACUCAAAUUUAAACCGCAAACGAAAUCUGUGACAAUGGCAGUUGACUCCUGGACUACAUUUAAUUGUAAAAUUAAUUUAAAAGGUCUACGUGCACACCAAGCACAAUUUUUGUGUUGGUUUUGAUUUACUUGCGUGUCGCUGUUCGGCGGGAUUAUAUUUUUUACUACUGAAUGAUGUAUGUUCAAUUACUAAAAAUGUAUGUCAUGAUAACAAUAAAAUAAAUCAUUACCAACCCCACAAA